AUGCCAGAUGAGCGCGCGCCCUUGCUCCAGCAUGCCGACGUACGCCAGCGCACGCCCACGCCAUCGGAAUGCGACGACACAAUAGAUGAGCCGCAAAAGGCGACAUCGAGGACCUGGUUUUAUGUUUGGAGAGGACUUUUGGCGUUGUUUGUCAUACUAGUUGUCGUUGUUUUUAUCAAGGGAUGGAUUGACGCAGACGACGUUGAUUUUGAUCUCAAAGGCGCGUUAAAGCGUGCGUUGGGUGGAGGCUUGAGUGGUGCUGCGGCGAUGAUCCUGCAAGUAUUGCUCUUGAUGCCCAUUCGUACCAUCAUGAACUACCAAUACCGCCACGGAACAUCAACGACCGUGGCAACAAAGACAUUGUACGCAGACGGCGGCAUUAGCCGAUACUACCAAGGUAUGGGCGCUGCACUCGUUCAAGGGCCUAUUGCACGAUUUGGAGACACAGCCGCCAAUGCUGGUAUCCUCGCCUUGCUCCAAUCCAACGGUUUCUUGAAACAGCUUCCAUCUCCCGUCCAAACGAUCUUCGCAUCUGCGUGCGCCGCAUCUUUCAGGAUGCUACUCACUCCCAUCGAUACGCUGAAGACCACACUGCAAGCCCAGGGAUCUAGUGGCUGGGCGCUCCUCCGGCAACGUAUCAAGACUGACGGCAUUGGCAGUCUCUGGUGGGGUGCAUUCGCUACUGCGGCAGCGACCUUUGUCGGACAUUACCCUUGGUUUGCCGUAUACAACUUUCUCUCCGAGACCAUUCCAGAUCCAACGAGACAGCAAAUUGGGUGGUGGUUGCUACGUGCUGCUUUCAUUGGCUUUUGCGCAUCGGUCGUUUCGGACACCAUAUCCAACUCGUUGCGCGUCGUAAAGACAUAUCGACAGGUCAAUGAUAAGAGGAUAUCCUACACUGAAGCAGCCAAGGAGGUCAUUCGUAAAGACGGGAAGAUGGGUCUAUUCGGACGAGGAUUGAAGACGAGAAUCAUCGCGAAUGGUCUGCAGGGUAUACUGUUUUCGAUUUUAUGGAAGCUAUUCUUGAAGAUCUGGGAAGACAAGACGGGUUAG